AUAGAAAGACGUAGAAAGUUCAAGUAAACAAAUUUUCCAAUAAAAAGCUAUUAAAAGUUGUAUUAAUCCCCUCAACAAACCACAAUCAAAAGUGAAAUGCGAUAAAGUUAAAGUGAAUGAUAAAAAGAUAAGUUAAAAAGUGUUUGCAAAACCAUAUCAAGAAGUUGACAAAACAAGCUGGAUUUCUCUGUACAUGGAUUUUAGCCGGAUUUUGUGGCUUUGCGUCUGGUUCAGGCUAUCUAUGCACAAAGUCGUUGAAAGAAAUAAGUGAACGCCGUGCUAGUUAUUGUUUUUGGGCUUUGCAAAGAUUGUGAGAGAGCGAAGAGCAAUAAAGUCAAAAGCAAAAACCACCACGAAAAUUAUCAAAAUAGAAUUUAGAAAAAGAACCCGCGCUAAUAAAGUGAAUUAUAAAGCAAAACAAACUAUGCAAAUACGUACAUUUUAAACUUUCGUUUGUUCAUUUCAUUAAGAUUUUGUUAAUUAUUUAUUUGGCCACAUUCACAAACUAACCCAUUAUUGGUGGAAACGAAUACAAAUCUUGUUAGUGUUGUUUUACAAAAUCCCUAUUUCCCUGUGUGCGGGAAAGAGAUGACACUACCCAUACCUGAAGGACGUUUUGUGUUUUUAUUUUAAUUUCUUGUUUGCCGUCGUCCGUAUCGUUUGUUUUGUGUGGUGUUUUCCAUCAUUUUCUAGUGAAUAUCGUUUUUGCGAGGGAAAAGAAAAUGUUAUAAUAAUAAAAAAAAAGAAAAACAUUAUGGACAUUCACAUUCGCGCGUACUAAUAUAAAACAACAAUAACAAAAAUAAACAAGAGAAAACUAACUAGACAGCGGAAAAAAAGAAAAGUGCUUACAGUUAGCUGCCUUUCCAGCACAAUCAACUAACGUUGUAGAUAAAAUACAAAAUUAAUGUUCCCAUCGUUCCAUAGAUAAUAACAAAUUUGCCAAAUUUUAAUUUGUUUAUAAAGCACAAAAAAAUUGUAAACUACUGUCAUUCCCCUAUUAUAUUGGAUAGUUGAUAAAUCUUUGAAGGCUUCAAACUGGACAACAUAAUGGGCAGCUCGGAUGAUCGGGUAUACGCUGCUGAGCGUAUUAUACAAAAACGAAUUAGAAAGGGCGUUGUGGAGUAUCGAGUCAAAUGGAAAGGCUGGAAUCAGCGAUACAACACCUGGGAACCCGAAGUGAAUAUACUCGAUCGAAGGCUAAUCGACAUCUACGAACAAGGCAACAAAUCAUCGAGUACCCCCUCCAAACGUGGUCCCAAAAAGAAGGAGAAGGAACGUGAUCCCGAACCAGAAUCCGAAGAGGAUGAAUAUGCCUUCAACGAAGAUGAUACACACAACAGUCAUGCCGCAGCAGCAACAUCAUCAUUGGCCACAACAGCGACGGCAUCGGCGGCAGCAACACCGACAGCGGCAGCUCAUAGUGUCACAGCCUCAGCCUCAACAUCUGCCUCUAGUGAAACGCAUCAUCGCCAUCAUCAUGACAAAGAUAAGGACAAGGAGAAGGAGAAGAAACAUCAUCACCACCAUCAUCAUCAUCACAGUUCGAAAUUAGAGCGUAGCUCCAGUAGGCGUUCCGAAUCGCCACACACUCAUGCUGAGAGCAAACGGCAAAAAUCUGCAGAACGUCAAGCGGCGAUAACGACAAACUCCUCCGCCUCAUCUUUGGCCUUUAUACCAGAGGCAGAUUCAAAUUCCUCAAGUUCGGAAGAUCAACCGCUAAGUCGAAAAGAUGCAGUGGGCACCAAACGCAAGGCAGAAGUAUUAAAGGAGUCUGGUAAAAUUGGGGUAACCAUUAAAACAUCGCCGGAGGGACCGCCACCUGCUAAAAUACAUUGUUCGGUGGAUACAGCUACGCCGAUAUCGACACCUCUGAAGGCCGAAACGGAACCUUUGUCACCAGAGACACCAGCCUCUAGGCCGGAACAGGCAACACCUUCGGAAAAGCCUCAACAGUAUAAUGGCCAGGAGGAGGAUGAUGAUGAGUCAUCGUCACAGGCUGAUAGUCAGCAUGAGGCGGAAAAUAAUAUAAUGCACAAUAAUCUUAAUAAUAACAACAACAACAACAAUCAUAGCAACAACAACAACAACAACAAUAUCAAUUCCAAUCAUCAUCAACAACGCCAACAGCAUUUAGAUGCACUUUACGACAGUUCACCGCCCAAACAAAAAUCAAUUCCCCUAACACCGCUUUCACCGCAGGCCUUGCCGCCACGCUUUUGGUUACCCAGCAAAUGUAACAUCUCCAACAAGGUGGUCAUCACCGAUGUCACCGUCAACUUUGAAACGGUCACCAUACGUGAAUGCAAAACCGAAAGAGGCUUUUUUCGUGAACGCGAUCUGAAAUCGAGUGGUGAUUCCAUAGCCUAAAAACCAAAUAAGAAACCAACUCACACACCAAACUGAUGGCUAUACAGACAGAGCGAGAGUUGAACCAGAAAAAAGCAAGGAAAGCAAAAGAAAACUUCCUAUGAGGCACUCCAUGAGACUAUAAAAACGUAACUGAACGUAAAGCAGGACUUUAA